AUGAGUGCAUACCGCGGAAACAAGCGUCAACAUUUCGGGAAGGGAGGCGGUCGUCGUGGAAAAGAUCACGACAAUGCUCUGGUUGAUGAGAACAAUCCCGUAAUUCAGUGUUUCCGUGAAUACGCGACAAUUUUAGAUGCGAAGCACGAUAAAUAUGAGCGCAUUGUGAAAAUCGGCCGAGAUAUCACGAUUGAAUCCAAGCGAAUCAUCUUUCUUCUGCACACCAUCGAUCCUAGGAAGAACAAUCUUCGAAAAGUUUGCGAAGAAGCAAAGGAACGACUGGAAUCUAUUUUUCGCAACCAUUUUAUAAGCAUUGCAAGAGAACUGAACGAUCAAGAUCCUUACCAGUUUGCUCGGGCAUAUACGAAUGGAAUGCAAGAGUUUAUUGAAGCUUACACAUUUUAUGAAUACUCUUGCGGGCAGAAUAUAUCGCACUGGGAAUCCAUUCAACAGAAGCUUACAUAUGAAAAGACCCCAAGCGAAGCUCCAAGCGAUACUAAAAACAUUAAGGAGGAAGACUGUAAGGAGCUAUCUGCUGAAGCCGGCUUGGAGAAAUCAACAAUGGCAACAGCUGUAUCAAACGAAGGUUUCGAAGCAUUAAAGAUGACCUGUAUGCUGCAUCCGCAAGAUUUUGUACUUGGCCUUGGUGAUCUUAGCGGUGAGAUUAUGAGAACGUGUGUCAACUCUCUCGGAUCUGGAAAUUCUGAGAGUUGUUUCCAACAUUGCCGCUUUAUGCAAGAACUGUACAAAGGAUUCCUGAGUGUAACGUCAAUACGGAGUCGUGAUUUUACUCACAAAAUGAUCACAUUGCGGCAAAGUUUAUUGAAAAGUGAGAAUGUUUGCUAUAAUGUGACGGUUCGAGGUGGUGAAGCAGCUAAGUGGGGAACAACUGAUGAUGCCGCUUCUUCGCUGUUCCAGUUACAACUUUCAAAAGAAGACGACGACGAGGGCGUAUAUUUUUGAACUGCUGAUAGUUUGUACAAAAUCCGUAAUAAGGUAGGAACGUAAUACUUUCAUGAAGUUUGUUUAUUAGUACUGAAAAAGGGUAGUAAAAAUUCUCGUUCGAAGUGGCUGAAUGAAUGUGGCUAGUAAUGAAGCAUAUAAUGAUAAGACGAAGUCUAUUUUUGGUUAAACGAAUGGAAUUUAGCACAUGCAAUCAUUAAUUCCAUAUUAUUCGCUGAAACCAUCCGUGCUUUUCUGCAAACAAUAUUUGUCAACCUACGAUAUUCGAUACUAACAAUAAUUAACUGAACUGCUGUUGUCUAUCUGAUUCGGAAAGGUAUUGAAGGAUAUUUUCAUGUUAACGUUCGUUGUUGGAAAAUUACAAAAUCCUUUCUUGUCUAUAGUUGCAAUUUGCAUUUACAUUUUCUUUUUUUUUCCUUUUUUUUCCUUUUAUUCAAGAUUUGAUUAAAGAUUUGAUGUUGC